AAUUCUCUCACAUCUAUCAAUCGGCACUCUUCUCUCGUCCUACUCUUGCCCUCGUUCCAAAAUUUAGCCGCAAAGUACCUCGAAUAGCCCUAGGCCUUGCAAAUAUGGCAUCAACUGCUAAAUACCAACCUGCACCGCAGCGCGACUCUCUCGACGAGCCUCAUUCCGCCUACACCCAGGCACCACCGAGUUACCAAACCGCAGGCCCCAGCAUCAACGAAGGCGGUUAUGGAACUCCCCGGGCUGAAGAUGACAAUUUACCAGAUGACUUCAAGUUUGGAGGCUCAGUGGCCGAAGCGACCCUCGACAUCCGCAUGUCGUUCAUCCGCAAGGUCUACAGCAUCUUGACGGUCCAGCUCCUACUCACCGCAGCGCUAUCGUCCCUAUCCUUCUUCUCCACCGGAUAUCGCAACUGGAUCCAGUCCAACGCAUGGAUGAUGUGGCUGUCGCUCUUCGGAGCCAUUGGCUUCAUGCUCCUCACAUUCUGGAAACGCAAGUCAUAUCCGACCAAUAUGCUGUUCCUGGCCGGGUUCACGGGUCUCGAGGCAUAUAGCAUUUCGGUCGUCACAUCCUUCUACGAAAGUCGAAUCGUCGUCCAAGCCUUGAUCCUCACCCUAGGCAUCUUCGUCGGAUUGACCUUGUUUGCCUGCCAGACAAAAUAUGAUUUCACAAAUUGGAUGCCCUAUCUGUUUGGCGCCUUGUGGGUAUUGAUCAUCUUUGGCUUCAUGGCGGCUUUCUUUCCCGGCGGCAAGACUAUCGAGUUGGUCUAUGGUGUGGUUGCGGCCUUGAUCUUCAGUGGCUACAUCCUCGUCGACACUCAGUUGGUCAUGAGACAUUAUCACGUCGAAGAGGAGAUUGCCGCAAGCAUCAGCCUUUACCUCGACAUUCUCAACCUCUUCCUCGCCAUCCUCCGAAUCUUGAACAGCCAGAACAACAAUUAAGCUACGGGGUCUGAUUCUAUAUCGAAUGACAGAUGUCGGUGCAAUAGAUCACCCUAAGUCUCGAUCUACUUCAGCCUAUGCACGACACAAAGAAAGCAAUUCCCCCCUUGACACACGCCCUGGCGGGAGACUGAAUCCGUUGGCAUUGGUUCACGUCAUAUCAGGCAAUGCGCGUUCGUCUGUAAGCACAAGAUUGUGGACAAGCGUACUUGCAUGAUACGGACAAGUCGGCAUGGAGGAUCAACGACAGUAUCUGGUAUGAAAUGAAGGAAGGUGACUUGUUUGGAUUCUGACCUGUAUCAGUAUGGAUGGAGGCAGUCUGGAGUCGAUUCAGGCAAUUUGGUAUUUGACAAUCGUGUCCGGCCGUAGCCACAAGUUUCUAUCAUAGCUAAUAUACAAACUUAUCUGUGUA